AUGAGCACAUCACCGUUAAACAACACGGGUGGCGCUACGCCAUGGCAAGACAAGCUUGAAGAGGCGUGCCGCGCGGCGCAGCUUGUCCCUCCAAAAUUCCAGAUUGUAUCUGACCGUCGCGGUGGUAGAACGGCGUGGUCAAGCACGGUCGAAGUGCAAGGACAGAUUGUGAACGCCCGUUUCUGGUACGAUGGAAGGAACCUCAACAACGCGAAAGAGGAUGCUGCAGAAUGUGCCGUGAAUUGGCUCACUGGUAAUUCCAGUAACUCUACCGCCGCUUCGAACACUGCGGCAGCUUCGACCGCCAGAUCCGGCUGGUGA